UAAUGAUUAAUGAAAUACUUUGUGUACAAUCUUUCAGAAAUCUCUGGCGUGAUUGGGAUUAGGGGAGAAAUAAUGGGAGGUGGUAACAGGAGGGACGAUGGAUCGUUGGUGAUCAACAAUAACAAUGUGUUUUCAGCGCUUGAGAGUCUUAGGAAGAAGAAGAAAACUGGUAAGUCAAAGAACAAUAGUUCUUCAAAUGCCCAAGUGUUACAAGGGGAAACUUGUCCCAUAUCGGAUCCGGAUGGGAAGUGACAUGGGUAUAAAUGGGUGGGUAUGCAGCACUACCCAACAGUUCGAGCUUUUGUGUAAAUGGGCAAGCGCCCACCCGUUACACCAAGCGAGGAACCAGAGAAGCAGGUUUUCUGGGCCCUAGCACCACUGAAGGUGAAAUUGUGGGCAGAUGUUGAUGAUGAGGACGAUGACGAUUAUUAUACAACCAUGGCUCCUCCUCAAUCUGUUUGGGGUUUGUCGGGAGCUCAGCAUGUUGAGGAGAAGCCAGGUCCUGAAGAGGAAAUUGGAAGUGGAGAAGAUAUUCUUGAUGAAGGUGGUGAUGAUGUGGAGGAAGAGCAUGACCGGAACCAGAUGUUACAGUACAUCCCUGAGUCAGUGGUAAAGAAGGCCGCUGAAGUUUCUUACGCACCUAAAGAGGCAGAAAGACGGCUUUUUUGGGAGUAUUUAUUUAUUUAUUUCUGAUGAUCUAUUUCUAUCCCACAUCUGUUUAGUAAUAUGCAAAUCCGUAUUACAUAGAUUCUCCUUGAUGUAUCCGUGUCGAAACAACAUGACAUGGGGGAUAUCUAUUAGAUACAUGAACCUAAAGCUGGCAUCCUGAUACUAUACAUCCAAUGAUGGAGGAAGAACUAAUAGCUCAAAUGUUAUAGGAAAAAAAUGUUCUUUACACUUUUUGAUAGAUGAAAACUCAUUUUUUCUUAACGUGGGUAGUGUUAGUAAGGAUAUGAUAACAUAUGGUUUGGUUGAGGCUAUGACCUUCUAUAGAACAGAAAGGAAAAAUAGAAUUAUGUAACCGACUCCAAGUAUUUGAAAGAAAGACUUUGUUGUUGUUUUAUGGAAACCGCUUUUUUUCAUUACCAUAGCUGGGAGGGAUACUGUAUCUACCCUUAAUUUAAUUUAGACACUGCUCGAAUGCCUUUAUGUCCCUCAGCCACUUUCGGAGAUGCCUAAACUGACCAUCCAAAAGCAUUUGCUUCCGUUUUCUCGAAAGCCCAGGCCCAAGAAGUUGAAGUUUCUCUUACCAAAGCUCUUUACCAGUUCCCCAAGAAGUUGAAGCUUCUCUUGCCAAAGCUCUUUAACCAAGGCCUAGCGGUACCAGGGCCCUACUUCCCAAAGAGAGGUCAGGGAUUUGAGCCUCCACGGAGGCAUGUGUGUGUAAGUACCAACUAGGGAAAAAAAAAAUUUAUGACUACAGUCCUAUUAGUGCAAUGGCUGGUAGACUUUUUGGUACAAAAAGAAUAAUUGAUAGUCAUAGCAAGUUGGAAAUUCUGUUCUAUUGAAGGGGUUCAUUGAAGAACAAUAUUAACAUACAUUACACAAUUAUAUCGUGUAAUAUAUUUAAAUGUGUAGGAGGGGUCUAUGUAUCCAUAGUUAACUUCUAGACACAUUUGAAGUCAAGUUUCUAAAUCCUUGGAUUGGGGAUUCAAGGAAGUCGGAGACUUGGUCACACGCUAGUCCUUGAUACACGUACUCGGUUCCAUAUUAAGUCCUUGUAAUUUGGACGAAAAUGAUGUUUCUAACUCUCACAUGCACACAAAACCAUGUCAGCACCCUUUCACCCAUGCAUCCAUGAUCCACCUCCCACACCUUUUAAUCCCCCAGAUUGCAGUGAAUAUUGUAAUUCUAUCACUUCUUCUUCUUCAUGCUAUCUUCAAAUUGGUAAUGGUCUUAAUCAUUAAAUGGCACUUCCCUCUGAACUAUGAAGUAGUUUUUUACUGUAUGAUUCUCUUGUGAUAUUGCUAUAAAUUUGUUUGGCACAUGAAGAUUUAGUAAAAGGUCGUCACUCGUCAGAGACUAAGUGCAUCGCGAGUAUAUGGAAGCUUGAAGACAAAACUGUUUUGUCCGAUACAGAAAAUUCUUUAGUCAAGAAAAAGGAUUGCUAUCGUGUGUUGUCAUAUUUACUAAUUGAAAAUGGGGCUACAAAUUUAUGUAUUCCUUGUUAGCAAUUCUUGUUGACCAUUUGAAAAUUUGAUAUUAAUUUUGUGGUGUGUUUUCAGUUGGAAAAGUUUUAAUUUCUACCAUAUUUGUAAUUCAUAUAUUGAGAGUGUUUGUCUAAACUCUAAGAUCAUCUUCCUUUGGUUGCACUUGCAUAUGCUGCAAAAGAGAAGCAAGAAGGGGUACCAAACUGAGAUAGAGAUCGAGAUACGGCGAAGAAAGAAAAUGCCCCUGCAGAGUCCAAAACCGCAAAGAAAAAGAAAAAGAAGGAUAAAUCUUCCAAGGAGGUGAAGGAAUCAUAUGAUCAGACCAACAGCUCAGAUGCAACUAAUGGACCAGUGAAUGCUGCUGGGACCGAGCAAGCAGAAGAAGAUGCAUCUACGGUUGAUGUAAAAGAGCGGCUAAAGAAGAUGGCAUCUAUGA